GAGAACGCUUAAAAAGUUAAAAAAGUCAAUUUAGUGGUAAAAAUGCGUUUGGGGCGGCGUGAUUGGAUAAGAACUGAACCACCGGCGUAACAAAGUCGGAGAGAGAGACAGUAAACAGACAAAUCUGUUUGAUCAUUUCUGACGAUGAGUUCUUCACACCAAGCCCAUCCCGAACCUGAUUCCGAGUUUCCGUUGGCAGCUUCGAGUCCUUGCUCUCCGAAGCUGAAGGCUAGUCCCAAACUGAACCGAUGGUCCAUGGCCCGAGCUUUACGCUCCGGCGCCAAUAUCGACCGUCCGAUCAACGCACCUCGCCGUCAAUCAACGACGGAGGAGGCUGAUCGGAAGACGUCUUCGAUCGAUGGCGACGACGUGGCGGCGGGAAAGUCUAUAUAUUUGGUCUCCGACGGGACAGGGUGGACGGCGGAGCACUCCGUCAACGCCGCGUUGGGCCAAUUCGAGAAUCGGUUGGUCAAUCGUGGAUGUUCUGUCAAUACACAUCUCUUCUCUUGGGUGGAGGAUGAGGAGAAGCUGUUAGAGAUUAUAAAUCAGGCGGCGAAGCAAAAGGCGAUGUGUUUCUACACUUUAGCCAAUCCUUCCAUGUCCAAAUCCGCUAAAGAAGCUUGUGAUCAGUUGGGAGUGCUUUCUGUUGACAUCUUGGGACCGAUCAUCGAAGGGAUAGCGUCUCACUUGGGUGUCUCUCCGUCUGGUCUCACCCGUGGAGCGCCCGGUAGGGUCAAGACUCUUAACGAUGCUUAUUUCAAAAGAAUCGAAGCCAUUGAGUUCACCAUCAAGCAAGACGAUGGGACUUUGCCCGAGAACUUAGGCAAGGCUGAUAUCGUUCUUGUCGGUGUUUCCCGGACGGGGAAGACGCCGCUGUCUACUUAUAUUGCUCAGAAAGGGUAUAAGGUCGCCAAUGUGCCGUUUGUGAUGGGUGUGGAACCGCCCAAGACGCUAUUCGAGGUUGAACCGAGGAAAGUUUUUGCGUUGAAGAUUGAACUUGUUGUGCUGCAAGCGAUUAGGAGAACGAGAGCUAAAACGUUAGGGGUGGAUACGGAAGGAGAGAACAGAUACUCUGGUUUCCAUCUUGUUCGGAAAGAACUUGAUUUCGCUUCAAAGAUCUAUGCCAAAAACCCUGGAUGGGCGGUCAUAGAUGUGACGAAUAAAGCAAUAGAAGAAACCGCUGCUGUGAUUCUGCGGCUUUACCAUGACGGUAGCGACAGUAGUACUUCUGUUCCUUGUAUCUCAAAACGCUUCUAAGCGAUCACUCCUUUCCUUAGGUGGGUAACAGUUUGCUAGAGUUUCAUCAAACUGCAACUUGUAUGUGUUAGUUAAUUAAGUUGACGUUUUUGAAUUCCUUCACGAAUUUUUCUAUAGCUAAUAGACAUAGUAAUACCGUCUACGUCAAUUUUGUAAAUUAUUUCUAUUUGAUUAUGAGUUUUUUGAUUUUA